AUGGUUCCACUCCUUCUUCUACUGCCUUUCUUCGUCUAUUUAGUUGCGCAGACUAAUGCGCAAACGUGUUUUGACGACUUUAGUUGGUCGAGUAUCACUCCUUCCGCCCAACUCAACUGGACGUCCUGCUACACCUCUGUUGCCAGCAUCUAUCAAUGUGCACGUUUGGAGGUUGGUGCUCCUGUAGUCUUGGGUGACAGACCCAUCUAA